CGUCACUUGUUCUCUCAUUCUGCACCGCGGCAUCACCAGUAGGUCCACCACGGAGUCCUGAAUCGUCUUUUGGAACAACUCGUUGGAAAAGAUUUUCUUCCUUUUAAAACGCACCCUUUCACUCAAAAGCGCCGGCUUUUUUUCGUCUAACUGUCCUCCAUGAGAUUCUUCAGGCUUACCUUCAAGUGCUUCGUCGACUGCUUCUGAGUCUCCUGCGUCCCGCGGCGCUUGCUGACAUUUUUAAAAAAAAUCAUCUCUUGGCUGUGCUGAAGCGUUCAAACGUGUGGAAAAAAAACCUGACUUCUUAAUAUUCUUAAUUGUAUUUUUUUAUAUUUCAAAGGUGAAAUAAACUGAUCAAAUCAAAGAGGGUGCUAAACAUAUCUGCCUCUCUUGGCACGUUUACCCUCCCUGGUCUAAAAACCAGCAGCCAGCUCUCGUCUCCAUCUCCCCAAUUUAAAUUCCAUAUCCAUUUUUUUCUGGAACAGUUCAACAAUAUGUCAGCAGAAUUGGAAGAAAGUAAUCGAGGUGAAAUCAGCCUCCCUCAGUUGGAGGCUGGGGAGAUAUCCGAAGGUGAGGGUGGGGGAUCAGCUCACCCCCUGGUGUCGGUGCCCGGAGCCGGCCCAGGCCGCGCCGACGGUGGAGGAACUGGUCCUCCACAGAUCCAGGAUGGAACUGUUGCUGCGGCUGAUGUGGUUCCAGCGGUGGAAAGAGAAACCUGGACCAGACAGAUGGACUUCAUCAUGUCCUGCGUGGGUUUUGCUGUCGGCUUGGGCAACGUGUGGCGCUUCCCUUACCUUUGCUACAAGAACGGAGGAGGUGUGUUCCUCAUCCCCUACUUGCUGAUCGUGUUCAUCGGGGGCAUCCCUGUCUUCUUCCUAGAAAUCUCUUUAGGGCAGUUCAUGAAACAGGGAGGGGUCUCCGCCUGGAACAUAGCGCCUCUUUUCAAAGGUUUGGGCUUGGCCUCGAUGGUGAUUGUGUUCUUCUGCAACACUUACUACAUCAUGAUUCUGGUGUGGGGUCUCUACUUUCUCUUCCACUCUUUCACCAACCCACUUCCGUGGGCCACCUGCGGACACACUUGGAACACCCCCAACUGUACAGAGGACUUCCGGCGCACCUGCCACAACCGCAGUGUGGCCCAGUUGUCUCAGCUAUCAUCUGCUGCGCAAGCCGUCAAGCCUCUCGCCUCUGUGCUUCCACUGGACGUGUCCGCGACCCUUUCACUCCUUAACAACAGCUGCAUGGAGAUGGAAGGCAUGCGCUCCCCUGUCAUUGAGUUCUGGGAACGCAACGUUCUUCGCCUGUCCAGUGGCAUUGAUGAACCUGGCGACAUCAGCUACCAGAUGGUGCUGUGUCUCCUCGUCACCUGGGUCAUUGUUUACUUCUGCAUGUGGAAGGGAGUCAAAUCUACAGGCAAGAUUGUGUACUUCACAGCACUGUUCCCGUACGUGAUUCUGGUUGUUCUUUUGGCCCAUGGUGUCACACUACCUGGAGCAUUAAAUGGGAUUAUAUACUACCUGAAACCAGAUUGGUCCAAACUAGGAGAAGCACAGGUGUGGAUUGAUGCUGGCACCCAGAUUUUCUUCUCCUAUGCCAUCGGACUGGGUGCCCUGACGGCACUGGGCAGCUACAACCGCUUCAACAACAACUGUUACCAGGAUGCGUUUGUGCUGGCACUCAUUAACAGCGGAACCAGCUUCUUUGCAGGCUUUGUCGUCUUCUCCGUGUUGGGUUUCAUGGCUGCAGAGCAAGGUGUGGACAUCAGUAAGGUAGCUGAGAGCGGGCCUGGCCUGGCGUUUAUUGCCUACCCCAAGGCUGUGACUUUGAUGCCCAUGGCACCACUGUGGGCAGCAGUCUUCUUUUUCAUGUUACUUGUACUUGGCUUGGACAGUCAGUUUGUCGGAGUAGAGGGUCUAAUAACCGGAGUCAUGGACAUGCUUCCACCCAAGUCACCCCUUGCCUCCUUGCGGCGAGAGGUGGUGGCAGCCAUCUGCUGCGUCAUCUGCUUCAUCAUUGAUAUGUCCAUGGUCACAGAGGGAGGGAUGUAUGUCUUCCAGUUGUUUGACUACUACUCAGCCAGUGGCAUCACUCUGCUGUGGCAGGCUUUCUGGGAAUGUGUGGUGAUUGCGUGGGUCUAUGGAGCAGACCGUUUCAUGGAUGACGUGGCCCGUAUGAUCGGCUAUCAGCCCCUUCCCUACAUGAAGUGGUGCUGGUCUUACAUUACACCCCUUGUCUGUGUGGGAGUGUUCCUGUUCCAUGUGGUUAACUACAAGCCCCUAACCUACAACACUGUGUACACAUACCCAUGGUGGGGUGAAAUGAUUGGCUGGGCUUUGGCCCUUUCCUCCAUGCUUUGUAUCCCACUCACUGUUGUCUACAAGCUGCUGCGCAGCAAAGGAUCACUGCGGGAGCGCUGGCAGCACCUGACCACCCCUAUUUGGGGCAAACAUCACCUGGAGUACCUCGCCCCAGAGAGCGAGGCCAAACUGCUGCCCCCUGCAGGAUCUAAGAAUGACCAUCUCUUCGAAAGUGCCGUAUGAGUCAAAACCCCCGAGAGCUCAAAGUCACCGUCAUCAUUUGUACAUAAGUUCCCGUAAAUUAGUUCCCCUAAUAUGAAUAAAACUUGAGUGGUAAGAGCUGGAAAAUUGCUAGAAUAUCUAGGCCCCACAUGGGCCUACUAUUAGAUUGGAAAAUAAGUGAUACACACACCUCCGGUUAUAACAUGUCUUUUCCACUCUUCCCUGCUCCUUGACUCUUCCUCUGCUCACCAGCGCUCUCUUUCUCUGCUUCUUGUGCUGUCUUGUCUCGCGUGUGUCCCUUGUGCUUGCACUUAAGCGCUCUCUGUCAGGGUUCCAGCAACUUCAUCCAGUUCGAUACGGUCGAAUCACCAUGUGAAUAUGAAAUGAAAAUACUUGUGAAACCUCACAUCUGCUGCUAAAAUGCAACAAUUGGAGAUGUGUGUGUGUGUGCGUGCGUGCGUGCGUGCGAGAGCUCCAUGUUGCUUUCCACAAUCUCUAUUACGUCAUACUGUGCAAAAAAAAAAGAAGAUAAACGACAAUCCAUCUUCAGAUCCAAAUGUGCUAUGAACUUAUGUAUCCAGUGUUUGUGUCUGUGAUUUAGUGUUAUCAAUAUUAGGACUUUAUCAUUAUCAGUAUUUCUCCCCAAUGAAAGUUAGACUAGGAUAAGAAAGAUCACACAAACGUUGACAGUAUGGACAGUUGAGACUCAAUAAAAGACCCAAAAUUGAA